AUGCUGUUCCUAGAUAAUUUGACGGACAAUAUAGAGUAUAACCUGCAACAGUAUGCUGCAAUGACGCAGGCUCAAUUAUUAAGUGCUCCUCAUCUACAGCAACAACAGCACAGCAACAAUGAUAGACAACAAAGUAGCACACAAUCUUCGCCCAUGAGUCAUCUUCAGGAUCCAAGCCAUGCAUUCAACUUGGCCUAUCAACCAUUCCCUUUGAUUCGUAUGGCUCCUCCUCAGCUACAUCAACCAACAUUGGCAAAGGAUCUCUCUCCUUCAACCACUUCAACCACUUUGACAAGCCUGGAUCUAGGCAUGAAUGAUAAAUCGGUUCGGCCCACUCGAGUUACUCGGCCACCCAAUGCUUAUUUGUUGUUCAAUAAAGAGAUGAGAAGAGUUCUGAAAGAUCAAGAUCCCACAAUGAAGGUUGCUGAUAUCAGUAAAGAAGUAGGGUUUCGUUGGAAGAACAUGCCCAAGGAACAAAAGGAGCAGUAUGUAAAUCAAGCCAACAAGAUCAAAGAAGAGCAGAGAGCAUUGCAUCCCAACGCAAUGUACAUUCGUCGUUCCAGAGCAGAGUUAUUGAAAGCAGGCCAUUUCACAAAAGGGAACCCAGAUCAACCACCAGACUCGCAUUCCAAACGUAAACGGCCUAAACGAGACAAGAACACAACUACACCCAAACAUCCAUUAUCUGCUUAUAUGUGGUAUUUGACAGAGGUCAGGCCAGAUGCCAUGCGCCAGUAUCCCGGCUCCAAUGUUGGGCAGAUCAGUAAACUAUGCGCUGAUCGAUGGAAUGUCAUGUCCGAAGAAGCCAGGCUACCUUGGAAAACCAAAGCACAAGUUGACAAAGACCGUUACGCAAGGGAGAUGCAAAUAUAUGCUAUACAAAAUGAUCAUGCAUUAGGUCGUGGCACAAGACAAAAGUAUCGUUCUGCUGCCGCUGCUCUCAGGAGAGAUACAGCGGCCACCACCACCACCACCUCAACCACCUCAACCACAACUGAUGUCUUUUUAGAUCCUCUCUUUUAUAACAAUACAGUUAGUACAACAGGAAAACCGCCAUCUUUUUUAUCUGCUCCAACGGAUCCAACAAGUCUACUUCGUACCACAUUGCCGAUGGCGCAUCACACAUUGAAUCCCCAUGCCCUACUUCAACAACAGCAGCAGCAACAGCAUCAUCAGCAUUCCAAUAACCCUAGCGCAAGCACAUCUACCUCCUCAACUUCCACAUCCACACAUUCCUCCUCGUCAACGGUUGCAACAGUGUAUAGUGAUCAUCGUCAUUGUUAA